AACUGGAUUAAAGAUUAAUUAGCUAGAUGAGAUAUCAAGUAAUCUGAAUGCUGGGCUCAUUCACACCUCACACGGCACUGUGAAGAGGAGCCACAGCAACCUUAACAGAUCAACAUGAGCAAUUUUGGGGAAAUCCUGAAGGAGGUUGGGGAGUUUGGUUCAUUUCAGAAACGCUUACUUGCAGCAUUAUGCAUGCCAAGCUUUUUUGUUGCUUUUGAUAUUAUUGGUCAGGUAUUUACAGGCAGGAAUUUUGAACAUAACUGUAACACUGACUGGAUCUUGGAGCAAGGGCCAAACCUGACGGAAGACAGACAAAGGAAUCUCACCCUGCCACUGAACAAGGAUGGACAGUUUGAAAGCUGCAUAAUGUUCACACCUGUGGAUUUGGAUUUGGAAACUAUUGAAGCAUAUGGGAUUAACAAAACAACCUCAUGUAUAGAUGGAUGGGACUAUCAGGCAUCCAAUGGUGCUUCCAGCAGUGUGACUGACUUUGAUCUGGUUUGUGACCAGAGUGGCCUGAUUGAGGUAUCGCAGUCUGUUUACAUGGCAGGUUAUAUGGUUGGUGCUGUGACAUAUGGUGCCAUUUCUGACAGGUUUGGGCGACGCUUCGCAGUCCUGCUCUCACUCUUCAUUGUGUUUUCAUUUGGUGUGGGACUGGCCUUCUCGCCAAACAUCUAUGUUUUCUUGGUCUUAAAAUUUUUCUGUGGGACAUCAGGAGGUGUCAUGGUAAUGAACACAUCGGUGUUGGCGUUAGAAUGGACUGAUCCCUCAAAGGCUGCGGUCUGCACAGUGCUGCUCAUAAUAAUUUAUGGUGUUGGGCUGAUGUUGUUGUCUGGCCUUGCAUUUUUGAUCCCAAACUGGAGGAUCCUGCAGCUGGUCCUCUCCGGCCCUGUUCUCCCUGUCUUGAUUUUCUUAUACUGGUUUCUUCCAGAGUCAGCUCGCUGGUAUUUGUCCAAUGGAAAGAAAGAGGAGGCACAAAAGAUGCUUGAGAGAGCAGCCAGGGUGAACAGGAGGAAGGUACCAUAUGAUCUGUUAGACCAGGUGGAUAUGAAGGUCACAACCAAAAGAAGAAACAUGUUUCACAUCUUUCGAAUACCUUACUUAAGAAAACGAACCAUCAUAAUGGGCUUUAACUGGUUUGCAACAAGUCUUCUGUACUAUGGACUGAGCCUGAAUGUUGGAGGUUUUGGCCUGAAUAUCUACCUCACUCAGUUCAUCUUUGGUUUUGUGGAAAUUCCUGCCAAUCUGGGCUCUUUACUGCUAAUUCAGCAUUUUGGAAGAAGAAUAUGUCAUUCGUGCUUCUUGAUUUUUGGAGGUGUGUCUUGUCUUUUGACCCUUGCUAUCCCAAAAGAUCUUCCCGUGGUGGUAACAGUCAUAGCUGUAUUAGGGAAAAUGGCUGCCACCACUUCAUUCAGCACUGCCUAUGUUUACACUGCAGAGUUAUACCCAACAGUUUUAAGGCAGAAUGGUGUUGGUCUAAACUCCAUGUGUGCUCGAAUGGCGGGCAUCUUCGCACCACUCAUCAGACUCCUGGAUGUCUUUCAUCACACCAUCCCCAUGAUAAUAUAUGGCAUCAUACCAAUUGCUGCCGGGGGUUUCUGUUGGCUUUUGCCUGAAACCCUCAAUGUUCAACUUCAGGACCAUGCUGAGGAGAAAAAAACUGUGAAUGGACACAUAGGGGACAACCCUGGACAGAUUAUUGAUGAGCACAAGCUUUAAUUUGUACUGAAAUCAAGUUCAGAAAGUUCAUAGUUUAUCUUAAACCUGUCAACUUUUUAGUUUAAAUUAAGAACUUUAUUCUCUUAAUGCUACAACUUUAAUCUCAAAGUCUCUUUUGAAAAUUCCCCCCCAUAAUCUGGCCUUAAUUCUCCAUCAUAGGAUAUAGAAACUAGUGGAAAAGUAAAUUUAGUGACCAACAUACUCAUGGAGUUUAUUUUAUUUUUUAAAUGGUCUCAUUUUGUUUACCUUGAAUUUCCUGUUUAGUUGCAUCUGUUAUUAAACACUUUGAACAUCUUUUAAUUACAGAAAUCUCUUGUCCUGUCUGAGCAGCUGUUUUAUUUAUAUGGUUUGUCCAUCAUAAUCCAGUAUCCACAAUAAAACCCAGAAGCUUGGUGUCAUAUACUUUGUUAACUAACUCAUCAUUUCUGCAGAUAUUUAAAACUGGCUUCAGGUUGAGAGUGUGUCUUGGACACAUCACAAACUUAUUUGUGAUUCUGUAUAUAUUCACCUGCUGAUUUUAUUUUUAAUU